AUGUUUAUUCCAUUAUUGAUAGCAAUAAGUGUAGCAAGAGAUCUUACAAUAUACCCAAUAGCUAAUGAGUUGUGGAUAAAUGAUCUUAAAGAUAUAUUUGGAAGUAUUGAUAACCCAAGUUAUGAAUUGACACCAAUGGAUUCUCCAUUUGUUUUAGUGGACAGCAUAAAUCUCGUAGGUAUCAUUUAUUGUUAAUAAUAUCAAAUAGGUUUUUCAAAUCAUACUAUGAACGAAUAACCAAAAAGUUUAGUAAGCAAUAGCAAAUUUACAUUAUUUGCAGUCCUAAAUCAAUAGAAUACUGUAUAUUGGACUAAAUAGUAUAAUUUAAUUAAAAUGUAGUACUUUGCCAGCAGAGACACCUUCAUUCUAGGGAUAGAUUAAAUUAAAUGAAACUUGUUAUAAUCUUGACUUCAUCGAUGACACUACAAUAAUAAUAGAUUGUCUAGAUUCAAAAUAAUUUAAUUAGUUUGCUUUUUUAUAAUUAGGUACUGGUACAAAGCAAACAAAACUCUUAGAUAAAAAUAGCAUAAGUCAAACUUCAAUAACUUUUAGGAAAAUUAAUGUUCUUAAUGAUGAUUCUGUAUUGCUUGGAUAAUCAAGUGUAGAUUUAUCUUAAAUAGAUGUGUAUGAUUUGAAUUCCAUGAGUAAUACAGGUCAUUAAUUAAAUACAACUAUUAUUACUAAAUUGGCUUAGAUAAAGGAUAAAUAAUAUAAAUUUAGGUUGGUUGAUUUUAUAUCUAAAUUUGGGCUUGUUUAUGUUCUAGAUGAGACAAGAUUAAUGAUUUUAUCAUAUAAAGAGGAAUGGAAAUUAAGUCUCUAAAUUCCAUUAUAGAGCAAAGGUGUGGCAUUUGAUGUAAAUAUAGUAUCAGAUUUGAAUGGAAAAGAGAAAUUUGAAUUGGUAAUACUUACUCAAAAUGGAAAAUUAUAUUAUUACACAGAUUUCGUAAGUUCUCCUAUAGAAAUCAAUAUUGUAGGUUAAAGUAUAUAAAUAUCGAAUUCGUAUGUAUUGGUUUAAUAAGAUGACAAUUUAUUACAAAUUAACUUAAAUGAUAAACAAAUUGUUAAAUCUAAAAUUUGGAAUAAAAAUAAAUUUGUAGUAUCUGGUUUGUAUUCUACUUUGAUUGAAGUAGAUAAUACAUCUACUAAGAAAUACAUAUUAAGUAAUGGUUAUAUUUAAGGAUCAUCAAAAUCUACAACAUUUACAUAAUCUUAAAUAACAUUAAAGGCAACAUACAUUGACACUUAAUAAGAGUAAAAAAUAGAAGUUUCUAAAAUAACUUAUCAAUUUUUGAAUAAUUAAGAUUAGACUCUUUAUAAAAUAAAUACUCCAAGCUUAUUUUAGAAUGCAUUAUAAGGUAAUCUAUAUUAUGAAUAUUUGGAUCCAUUUUUAUCUGGACCAAAUUAAAAAUAUUCUUCUUCAGAAUCAGGUUCAAAUCAUAUAAUUAUUAAUUUUUUUAGAUAAAUUCAGUAAUCACAUAUACUAUUUCCAACAGAUAUUGUAUUUUAGGAAACUAUUGCUACAGAUUACCAUUAAGCAAUUUUAGUAUUUUAAAAAAGAAAUUUAACUAUUUAAUUAUGGGGUUGCAGUUUCUUUGUACCAAAAAGUGAAUGUUUACCUUUAACUAUAUUAAUAGAUAAUGAUAUUUAAUUAACUAAAAAUACAUUUUCUGUUUGGAGUUAUGAAAAAGAUAUAUAUUUUGCAUUUUAAAGUAAAUCAAAUGAAGUUGAGAUAUGGUAAAUAGCACCAGAAAUUAUUCAACGUAUUUAAAAGAUUAAAAAUAAAAAUGAAAAUAUGAAAUAAAUUGUGGGAUCAAAUAAAAAUUUUUAUAUAUUAUACGAAAAAGGAGAAAUUGAAGUUUAUGAAUUAGGAUAAUUAGUAGAAAUAAUAAUUCCACCAGAACCUGGUUUAUAGAUUUUUAAUAAUCCAUAUCAUAGUAGUCAAAUAUUGAUAGUAAAAACAAAAUCAACAUUUAUUGUUUAUAGAUUUUAUUUUAUAAGUCAAGAAAUAGAAUACUUUCCUAAUUUUGAUUCAGAAAUAUUUAUAUCUAUUUAUGAUUAAUCAUUUAUUGUUGUAAGUCCAACAAUGAUAAAAGAAUAUCUGAUGACACCCUAAUAAAUAAAAUUGGUUAAAUAAUUACCAUUGUAUGAUUAUAAAAUAAUUAAUCCAAUUUAUGCAGUUUAAUCUAAACAUAAUGGACUUCUAUUUAUUCCAUGUGAAUAAGAUGGUAAAAUAAAUUUUUUAGUUUAUGAACCUCAGAUAUUAGCACAUGAUGCUUUAAUUUGGAUUAUUAAUUCAAAUAUUUAAGGAGAUCUUAAAAAUGUUAUUAUGUCAGUAGAUGGAUUCUAAACAUCCUUAUUCUUUUAUCAAUAUGAUAAAUAAAAUUAUCUCUAUUAAAUUUUGAAGAGAACUCAAGCAACUUCCCUACUGGAAUCUACUGAUAAAUUUAAUGAUUAUUGUUAGUAAGUUGAUUAUUUUUUUUCAGUUUCUAAUUCUUUUGUUAAAGAAGAUUUUACAACUAAUUUAACUGUAAUAAAUAGAAUGGAUAAUAUUAGUAUAGUAGAUACAAAUUUAAAAUAAGUACUUUUAGGUGAAUAGAACUCAACUAAUUAUUUAUCAUUAGGAGUUGAUUGGUAUAAAGGAUAAGUAGUAACCAUUAAAGCAUUGUGUAGUUAAUGUCCAUAAGAAAUAGUCCUUAAUUAACCAAUAUAUCCUAUUAGUUAUAACUUUCUUGAAAAUUCAAGAAUCAUAACCAAGUUUGAUGAUGAUCACGAAGUUGUAAUUACUUAAAAUGAACUUAUUAUUAUUGGACCAAAUCUAAAACCAACUCUUAAUUUAUAUUUGUAAUAAGAAUAUCAAACAAUUGCUGUUCAUCCUAGAUAAAAUUAUAUUAUUUUAUCAGCUAAAAAUGAUAAGAAUACAAAUUUACUCAUGAUAUCUUGUAAAAGUGCAUAUUCUUGUUCAUAAAUGUAAACUAAAACUAUAUAAUUAUCUGGUGUUACUCAAAUGUAUAUUAUUUAGGAAGACUUUUUAUUUGUUAGUACAACAUCAGAUUUAGUUAUAUAUCAUAUUACAUAUACUUAGAACUCAUGGACUAUUGAAUGGAAAUCUUCAAUCAAUUUAGCUACAUAUCCUCCUUGUAAAGAUAUCAAUUAUUUUGUUGUAUAUUAAAUCUACACUGAUAAUAAGCCAGAAUAUUCUGUUGUUUUAUUAGAUUCAACUAAUCAAAUCUUGUUUCUAUUUUAUAAAAUUAAAAAUGGAUCAUUAAGUUUAAUUAAUUCUGGAAUUCGCAAUUUAUACAAUGAGAUUAUCAAUAAAUCAUAGUAUGCAUAAAAAGAUACAAAAUUCAUUUAAUUAUUGACAUAUUCUCAAAUUGAGAAAACUUCAGCAUAAUUUAUCUUUUUUAAGACUAUUUUAAUAACUAAUAAUGUUGCUUCAUAUGGAAUGCAAUUCUAAUUUAAUUUCAAUUAUGAUUAUCAUGAGAGUCAAAUUCUAUUUAUUGUAAAUCAAUAUGCUGAUUGGAUUACUAUUCCUCUGGCAUCCAUUAAAUCUAAUAAAUUAUGUAUUCCAUAUUCAAAUGGAUUUAAUUCAGUAAUAUUAUAUUACAAUAUACCAAUUUCAUCAUCAUUAAUUAUUAAACCUCCAACAAUCACAUCUAUAUCAGGUAUUCAUAGCAAUGUUUUACCUUCAAACAUUCCUUUAGUUGUUAAUGUUUUCAAUACAGGUAAUCAACAUUACUAUUUAUUAACUAAUUUAUAACGAUAUCAAGAUAAGAUAUGUGUCAAUCUAUAUCAACUCUACGUUUCCCCUGUACUUGCUGUUUCUAACACAGUUUCAUUAGAUCUUAAACAGAAAAUUACAGUUAUAGUGGCAAAUGAUUUUAGUAAUGCUUAUAAAUAAGUUGCUUUGAAAUCGCUUUAUGAACCAAUUGAAGAACCUGCUAAGUAAUCUAAUUUAUUUAAAUUUUAGUAUUGGAUGGAUUAUUACAGGGAUUGUAUUUGCAGGUUUCCUAGCAGUUGUAAUGUUAUUUUAUGUGAUGAGAAGAAGAGCUAUACGUUAAUCAUUUUCAAAUUAUUAACCUAUGUAGGAUUAACAAUUAAGAAAUCUAUGACAUAUUAAUUAAUAAGUUUGUG